AUUAGGCUUACAAUCCUUAAUUUUUGUGGAAGAAGCAUUAACAAUAUGCCUAAAUUUUGUUACAACUUUCAAUAUAAUAAAUACUAAAGUAAUUUUUCAGUCAAAACGUUGCCUAAUUUAAAGUUAAAUUAUAUUUAAUCGAUUAACUAACACCAGUAUUGUAUCAAAUAAUCUAAAACUUACCCUUAAAUAAGCUUAAUUGAAGGGAAAAAUAUAAUUUAUAUACCCCUUGGAAAACCAAUAUUCUAGCAAGGACCUGGUGGAAGGGUACUUGUAGCUGAAGUCAUUUAUCACAGGCUUCUUUUGCAAAUACCUUAGCUCCCAGGACCUCAUUCUUAUGUCCUGUCUCUCUCACUCCAUAUCCACUCUGUCUGUCCCCCGCCCCCCAACUCCCUUCCAUUUUAUCCUGUGCCUAGGUCAUAAAUAUCGUAUUAAAUAUUUUCCUUAGAAUCGCCUGCGUUGUCGGCGUUUCGCGUUUGCAUUAACGCCGAAUGUUGUCUGUUUAUCUCGCUAGUUAUUGUUCGCUGCCCAUAGGUGGUGUUUUUCUACCAUUUUCCAAAGGGUCUAGGGGGGAGGGUUUCGCCUCUGGUUUGGUGGUUGCAAACUUUUGUGGCAUUGCCAGUUGAUUGGAUUGCCAUGAGAUGAACUUGGCGUCGCAUGUGAGUGUGUGUGUGAGUGUGCCAGUGAGUGUGGCAAGUGAUUUAUGGGUCCCCCGUGCUGAUAUGGGAUACGCUAUAUAAUGCUAUAGAUAUACAAUAGAUACAAUGUCAUUAGCGGCUCUCCAUGUUACAAUGUUCUGUUUGACAGAUGAAAACUCGAUGUUUUUCUGUACCAAUUUGAAUAUAAAUUUGUUGAAAAAGAUUGAAAAUUGCCAACAAAACCGGCAAGCCUUGACUUUUUCCAUAAAAUUCUUACUUACUAAACAUUCACAAAACCUAACUAAAUUCCAACAAUUAAAUUUUCCCUCCUGAAUUAAGAUUUUUGGUAAAAGAUAAACGAAAAUCAAGAUGAUACAGCCGGCUGAGCAGAUCUUCUCCUGCGGCUUCGAGAUUUUUGGAAGAGUUCAGGGCGUGUGCCUACGGAAGCAGACUCGGGAUUUGGCCACAUUGAAUCAUGUACGCGGAUGGGUGAUGAACACGGACGAGGGCACGGUCAUAGGGCAGCUGGAGGGAACUUUGCCCAAGGUCAACGAGCUCAAGUUUUGGCUUUUGAAUUUUGGAAGUCCGCGGGCGAUUAUCGACAGGGCGGAGUUCACGCCCACCAAAGAGAUAACUUCGCACAACUUUAGUGGCUUCUCGAUUCGCUACCAUCAUGUGCCAGCCCGCAAAGUGGUGACUUAGGAGAGGUUAUAUAUCAUGGAUAUAGUAUCGUGGAAUAUCAAAAUUGUAACUGUAUGCUAUUUUGUUGUAUCUUUUUGUUUGGGCCUUUAAAUUGAGCUGCCAAUAUAGAGAGCCAAGCUGCUUCUGGCGAACA